AUGGCCAUCUGCUACCGCCUCUUCAUAACAAUCGUCAACAUCUUCUUCCCCCCGCUCGCCGUCAUCUUCCUGACCGGCUUCGGCAUGGACACCUUGAUAAACGCCAUCCUCUUCCUCGCCGCCAUCCUCCCCUCCCACGUCCACGCCUUCUACCUCAGCUGCGUCUACUUUUCCCGGCGCCGGCGCGUGCGCAAGGGCCGGCCCCCCGGCGGGCCCAAGCCCUUCGUCUACUCGGAGAACGUGCUCCACGGCGGCGCGCGCUGGGACGAGGUGCAGGAGCUGAAUCGGCAGCAGCAACAAGGAGGAGGAUUAUCAUUGGCGGGUUCUGGGGGUAAGGGAGGGAGUGCGGGGUUCGUCGGCGGUUGUGAUGAUGUCGAGGCGAGGAGGGGGGUCGGGAUGGGGAUGGGGAGUGUGGGGAGUAUGGGGAGGACCAGAGGGCCGGGUGUAGGGGUUGCUGGUGGUGGGGGGAGCUUGGGGAGCAGGACGGGCGGUGGCGGUGGCGGCGGCGGAGGGGGGUAUGCGGGGUUGAGGUAUGGGCUGGGCGAUGCGGAUGCCGCGGGGUGGAAUGCGAGUAAUGGGAUGGUGGUGGGGUCGGGGUACGGGCCGGGGGGACCGACGGAUACGUAUAGGGGGGAUGUGAGGAGGGUGCGGUCGGCGUAUUGA